AUGUUAAAGAAUAGUGUAGAUUCGUCGUUGGUCAAGAUUGGCAGAAUACACCAUGCACAUAAAAAAUACAAUAUUUUCACGUCAACGAGGCCUAUCAAUAAGUUGAAACAGCAGAUUCUUUCUCUCAAUAAAGACGAGUCAAAACUCUUAAGUGGCUCUCUUUGCUCCAUAAAGGAUAACAUUGCCACAAAACAGGAGUAUACUACUUGCUCGUCAAGUAGUCUUCGUGAUUAUAAGUCUCCUUUCAGUGCAACAGUGGUGGAUCUUUUGGAGAAACAUGGAUCAAUAGUCAUAGGCAAAACAAACUUGGAUGAAUUUGGAAUGGGGGCUAAUAACUCAUACUCUCAUAUUGGCCAAACACUUAAUCCAAUGUACGAUGAUAAUAAGGAUAGUGAGACUUUUUUGGAUGCUGACAAGUAUGUUCCUGGAGGAUCGUCUGGCGGUUCAGCAGCGGCGGUAAGUGCUGGAGUGUGUGAUUUUGCGUUGGGAACUGAUACUGGUGGAUCUGUUCGUUUACCAGCCGCAUACUGUGGCGUUCAUGGGUUCAAGCCUUCUUAUGGCAGAAUAUCAAGAUGGGGUGUGGUUGCCUAUGCCCAAUCGCUAGAUACUGUCGGGAUAUUAGGAAGCAACUUGGAGAUUAUUAAGUCGGUUUAUAAUGUUUUAAACCAAUACGAUACUAAAGAUCCAACUUGCAUUGAUAAUCAAGUAAGAUCAAGGAUCACUGCCCUCACAGAAAAACUCACCAGCAUUGAUGAUGCUAAGAAAAUUAACAUUGGGAUCUCUACAGACUAUUUGGCUAAAGGAGUGACGCCCGAUACUCUCGCGACAAUCGAAUUACUAGCUUCAAAAUUAUUUGGCUCAGGAUACAAUAUUGUUCCUGUUAAAUUACCAAGUUUAUCCAAUGCUGUGCCUGCGUAUUUCACAAUUGCAUAUUCAGAGGCUACUUCUAAUUUAUCCAGAUACGAUGGAGUGAGAUACGGAUAUUCAACAAUUGAGGCAGGGAAAGAGACCACUGAAGAUUACAAAUCUUUUAUUUCUAAAACUAGAUCAGAAGGAUUCGGUGCAGAAGUUCAAAAGAGAAUUUUGAUUGGUAAUUAUAACUUGAGUUCAGAGAAGUUCCAGAAUAACUAUCUUAAGGCCGGAGCCGUAAGAAAGAAGCUUACGGCUGAGUUCAACUCUAUUUUCAAGUUACCUAAUGCGUUAUAUACUUUGGAUGUACAAGGUUCUGAUGUUCAUAGUCCUACUAAAGUUGAUUUCAUCAUUGCUCCAAUUUCCGCGUCUAGAGCCCCAAAGUUGAGUGACCUAGUUGAAAAAGAAAAGAGUGACCCAAUUAGUACUUAUGUUAAUGAUGCAUUUGUUAUUCCAUCCUCUUUGGCUGGGUUGCCUUCGAUCUCUCUCCCUUGGUACAGUAAUUCCGAAAAAUACCCUGUUGGAAUACAACUAAUUGGCCAAUAUGGGGAUGAUCAAAGGGUAUUGGAGUUUGCAAAAAGAGUGGAAGAAUUAAAUUCUUUUUAA